ACCAUGCCUACAGUAGAGGUCAUGUUUGCUUUGAAGUCAAUAUGGAAACCAUGGGCAGGGGGGGAAAGCGUCAAACCCCCAGAAAAGGAUGAGCAUAUGAUGAUAAAGGACUCCAUAUUGCUCGAGCUUGAAUACCACAUACGAGAACAGGAGCAGUUGUUACGAGCGCGGAGACAUCAAGAACAACGUCGAGAAACUGGUGUGGACUACAGCUGGUUGGUAACAACGCCUGUACGUCAGUAUGAGAUGUCCCACCUGGAGCGGCUAGAGCUGGAGGAUCUCUGCUACAAAUUGCAGCCAUCUGAGUGUGGAAAGGUCAUCGCACAACUCAGGGACGCCAUGCUCAACGAACCUGUCAUCAGCGACAUUCCGAAGAUCCUCAAGGCAUGCAUAAAGCAGGUGAUUGAGCACCGUCCGAAAGAGGAAACCUUGUCUGGCUGGGUUGUCAAAAGAACCGCCAGUCUAGCCAGUUUCAAGCUGCGUACCCCGACUAAGGUAACACCAUGUGAUACAGAUCAGGAUGAUUGUGAGAGCAAUUAUUCCAUAGAUACGAUAUCGUCCAGAGUAGAGUCUGCUAGUCCGCCUUUUAUUCGCCAGAAAUCCUUCACAUUGCGGCACUCAUCAAGUGCUGGCAAUAUAAACUCAUUACCUGUUUAAUUUUUUUGGAAAAUUAAGUCAUGACAAAAAAAGAUGUCAUGAUUGUUUCUUUGAAAAAGACAAGGGAAAACUUAUUUUGUUUCCAAGUAAUGACUUAACUUACCAAAAAUGGUUUUGUAUUGAACAAGAAGGAUUUGAUGAAAAAAUCGCCCAAAUGCAUGCAAAGACAAUUAUUGUAUCAAAAGCAUAAAAUUGUUUUGUGAUGUUCUAUUGUAAUCUAGUCAUUGUUUAUAUUUGCUAAUAAUGUAGUAUCUGGUCUGAAAGUGUCAUAAAGCCAUACCUAUGUGCCUGUUAAAAAGAAAGCUGUUAUGGCUUUGCUACAUGUAUAAAUAUCACAAGGGUAUACCCAGAACAUAGUAAAUUGUUAGUGUCUUUUGUUUAUUUAGAAAUCGGAUGUACCUUAAAUUGUUCAUACUCUACCGCACAAUAUUAAAAAAAAUGUUAACAUAGUAUUUUCAAUAGUAAAAUUUAAAAUAACAGUUUUCAACAGAUCACACUUGCAGUUUUAAUUUGAACUUGAUUUGUAUUGUAAUUGAUAUUGUGCUAUUAUUUGUUGUACAUUUACCAUAUAAUUAUAUGUAUUGCCAUGUGGCUCUGACAAGUAUCAAUCACAGACAUUUGCUUAGAAUGCAAGUUAACAAUUCAUAAUUAAUAACAGUAACAUUGAAACCAGUUUUAAGUUGUUAAUAUGAUCUUGUAUUUCACUUUGCAAUUUUUUUUUUAAACUUAAAGAAGAAACGAAGACAAGACAUUUAGCAGUCACUUUACCCAAAAAGUUUGUUUCUUCUUGGACUUGACCAUUACAUACCUGUCAAUGAUUCAUUGAGUUAAAAACCAUGGGUCUAUUUGAAAUUGGUGAAUAAAAUCACAUUUUUGGCGUGAUCCUGAUGAUUGUUUUUUAAAUACUUGGAAAAACAGACAUGCAGAGCAUUUCGGUAUAUGCACAUCUGCCAUUUUAAUCUCUUUAGAUCUCCCCCAUAGACACCAAGGAAACAGGACUUGAGAGCAUUUUAUAUUAGCCUUAGGCUUGUUAUGCAAUAGAGCUUAAAUGAAUAAGUUUAAAAAAAUAAAAUAGUCAUGCAUGUUUUUGUGGUCUUAUUACUAGACAUAAUAGCUGCUAUCAGACUGCAAAAUGCUGGCCACAUAUGACAUAAGACCCAUUUUCUCACAACGCAACUUAUGUUAAUCAGGUGCUUUCAUUAUAUUGAUGGGUGCUGUGGUUAUGUCACAAAUAAAUGUGCUGAUUGUGACCAUUAUUUUACUUAAGGGGUGUUGCGGCAGUUUAUUUAACCGAGAAUAUAUUUAUAAGCAACACCGAUGAUGCUAUUAUCACAACUCAAUAUUUUUGUUAUCAGUAUCAUCAGAAAUGACCGAGUUGGUUCAUAAAAAUUCAAUUGUCAGUGGUUCGAUCUCAGGUAGGGUUAACUUUUUUUUUUACUUAUUUUAAAAUUUUCUUUAAUUAUGCCCCCCUUCGAAGAAGAGGGGGUAUAUUGCUUUGCACAUGUUGGUUGGUCGGUCAGUCGGUCUGUCGGUCCGUCCACCAGGUCGUUUCCGGAUGAUAACUCAAGAAGCGCUUGGGGCUAGGAUCAUGAAACUUCAUAGGUACAUUGAUCAUGACUCACAGAUGACCCCUAUUGUUUUUGAGGUCACUAGGUCAAAGGUCAAGGUCACGGUGACCUGAAAUAGUAAAAUGGUUUCUGGAUGAUAACUCAAGAACACUUAGGCCAAGGAUCAUGAAACUUGAUAGGUAGAUUGAUCAUGACUCUCAGUUGACCCCUAUUGAUUUUCAGGUCACUAGGUCAAAGGUCAAGGUCACAAUGACCCGAAGUAGUAAAAUGGUUUCUGGAUGAUAACUCAAGAACGCUUAUGCCUAGGAUCAUGAACUUGAUAGGUAGAUUGAUCAUGACUGGCAGAUGACCCCUAUUGAUUUUCAGGUCACUAGGUCAAAGGUCAAGGUCACGGUGACCCGAAAUAGUAAAAUGGUUUCCGAAUGAUAACUCAAGAACACUUAUGCCUAGGAUCAUGAAACUUGAUAGGUGGAUUGAUCAUGACUCACAGUUGAACCCUAUUGAUUUUCAGGUCACUAUAUCAAAGGUCAAGGUCACGGUGACCCGAAAUAGUAAAAUGGUUUCCGGAUGAUUACUCAAGAACGCUAAUGACUACGAUCAUGAAACUUCAUAGGUACAUUGAUCAUGACUCGCAGAUGACCCCUAUUGAUUUUUAGGUCACUAGGUCAAAGGUCAAGGCCAUGGUGACCCGAAAUAGUAAAAUGGUUUCGGGAUGAUACCUCAAGAUUGCUAAUGCCUAGGAUCAUGAAACUUCAUAGGUACAUUGAUCAUGACUCGCAGAUGACCCCUAUCGAUUUUGAGGUCACUAGGUCAAAGGUCAAGUUAACGGUGACCCAAAAUAGUAAAAUGGUUUCCGGAUGAUAACUGAAGAAUGCUUAUUCCUAGGAUCAUGAAACUUGAUAGGUAGAUUGAUCAUGACUCGCAGAUGACCCCUAUUGAUUUUCAGGUCACUAGGUCAAAGGUCAAGGUCACAGUGACUCAAAAUAGUAAAAUGGUUUCCAGAUGAUAACUCAAGAAUGCUUAUGCCUAGGAUCAUGAAACUUCAUAGGUACAUUGAUCAUGACUCGCAGAUGAAAUAAUGAUGAAACUUGACCAGGAUGUUUGUCUGGACAAUGUCUAGGUCAAGUUUGACAUUUAGUAAAAAUUGAAUGAAC